AUGUCAUACACCUGGCUCAUAACCCGCGCAUCGUCAGGCCGAGGCGCCGCCAUUGCUCUCGCAGCCUUAGAAGCCGGCCACAAAGUCAUAGCAGGCGCCCGUAACCCAGCAAAAGCCUCGCAGGUGCGCCCAGAGAUCCAGAACCAAGGCGGCACAUGGCUCAGACUCGACGACUCAACUGCAGAUGUUCGGCACGUCAUCGCAAAAGCAGCAAAAGAGCACGGAUUGAACGUCCUUGUCAAUAAUGCAGGGGGCUAUGCUCUUCGCGGAGUCUUAGAAGACUUCAGCGAGACGGAAUUGUAUCAACAGAUGGAAACCAACUUCUUCGGUCCUAUACGCGCAAUCCAAGGAGCCCUCCCAUGGUCUCGUGCCCAGAAGCCAGGCACGAUCUUCAACAUUAGUAGUACGUCCGACAUAACCGGAUUUACAGGCUUCUCGCUCUACGCCGCGAGCAAAGCCGCUCUAGAAGGGGCGUCGGAAGCGCUCUAUGGCGAGCUUGCACUCUUCGGGAUUCGUGUCCUCGUCGUCCAGCCGGGAGCGUCUCGAACCAAGUUCCAAAGCGCAGGACCAAGACCAGCGGUGUCGGAGGCGUGUGUUGGGACGACAGUUGAUGCGAUUCUGCAGCGAGCUGUUGGAAUGGCGGCAGAGAGACGGGUGAUCUUAUUCCGCCGAAGGCGGUCUAUAAGAAGCAGCCAGGAGCCGGACAGCGCAGCGUUGAUUGGACGAGCGUUAGCGAGCCUCAAUUACGCUAGCUGUCUGGCGAGUGGCUGCGAUUAG